CGAAAAUAUCCCUUGGGCGGCGCAGUCCGCGCCUGGCCACCGCGAACUCGAUUCGAAACGAGAUGCGCUCCCGCCAUGGGCAGCAAUUGUUGCAAGGGUGACGCUGCAGGGAAGCCCGUCGUGCGGUCGACCUCCUCCAUUUACAGCAGGAGACAUGCGGGAGCGACUCUUGACGACCGGUUCUCUACGUCGCAGGACUCCCGUGGAGUUCGACUGACGAUAUCCGCUGCGACAACUGAUGAUAGCGGCGUCUACACCCUGCAAGCGAGCAAUGCUGCCGGGACGGAUACGACCCGGGUCCGACUCCAGGUGUCCCCGGAGGAUAUGCCGAGUGGCGACGACCCGCCGACCUUCCUGCGGCGCCUUCAUGACCUCACCGUCAAGGUCGGCACGCGGACGAGGUUCCUGGUGGAGAUCAUCAGCUCGUCUGAGUGCAGGGUGACAUGGUACCGUAACGAGCGACGGCUGCUCGAAGCGGAGCGGAUCGCUCUGGUGCGGGACGGCAACUUCUGGUGCGCGGAUAUUGCGGCGGUGAGCGUGGAUGACGCGGGCCGCUGGACCUGCACCGCCGAGAACGUCGGCGGCCGCGCCAGCUGUUCCGCGCACCUGAACGUCCUAGUCCCCAAGGCGUACAAGCGUCCAGAAUUCGUGGAGGAAUUGCGAGCGCUCCUGACGGAGCAGGGCACAGUGUCACUUGAGUGUAAAGUCGUUGGGGUCCCUACACCUGUGUUACGUUGGUUCAAGGACAGUCGCGAGAUCAAGGCCGGCGAUGUGUUCGCUCUGACAGCGAACGCCGAAGAUCCGACGUCCCUCGGCACGUAUACGUGUGAGGCGGUCAACUGCAUGGGUCGAGCUUACUCCUCAUCCAAGGUGCAUGUUGUUGGCCACGCGAGCAAGGAGUCCCUGAAACCUAGCUUCGGGGGUGCCCAAGAGCCGCCGCCUAUAUUCACGAAGGAGUUGGAAGACCGUUUGGUGCGAAUAUGCGAGCGGCUCAACCUGGGCUGCCACAUCGUGGUGCCGCCGUGGCCGCGAGCUGUCGUCUGGUACAACAAGGAGGGGAAAAUUGAGCCUAGUGAAAGAUACCACGUCCUCGAGGAUGGCGUAGGGGGUUACAUGAUCGAGGUGCCGUCAGCGGAGUUCUGUGACGAGGGCGAGUGGAAAUGCGUGGCCACUAGCACCGGCGGCAGGGUGGGCAUAUCGACAUGCUACGUGUCCAUGGAAGUACCGAAAAAUUACCGCAAGCCAAGGUUUAUGGAAAACCUGCAAGCUAUCUUGACUGAAGAAGGUCUGGUAUCGUUUGAAUGCAAAGUAGUAGGUUUCCCUACUCCAGUUUUGAGCUGGUUUAAAGAUGGCCAAGAAUUGAAGCCGGGUGACGUGUAUCAACUCACUGGAACCAACUCUCUCGGCUCGUAUUGUUGUAUAGCGAGAAACUGCAUGGGACAAGCGAGUAGUUCUGCAGAACUGUCAGUAGAAGAUAUACAGAACCAGUUAAAUGAAGAAGAAAAAUUACAACUUUUUACUAGAAAUCAAGCACCGAAAUUUUUGCAGGGUUUAAAAAGUGUAGAGGCAAAGAUCGAUGAACCAUUCCGUUUUACAGUCAAAGUUGCCAUUCCACCGGAACCUUCAGUGCUUUGGUAUCGAGACGACCAGCCGGUAGAUGAAACUUCACGUUGUCAUCUUGGUAAAGAAGACCACGGCGUGUUCUUUUUGGAUAUCCAAAAUCUAGAACUAUUAGAUCAGGCAGAGUGGAAAUGUGUAGCUAUGAACGACUUUGGUCAUAGUGUGACAUCUUGUUUUCUAAAAUUAAUAAUACCACGCCAUUAUAAGAAACCACGUUUUCUAGAAAACUUACAAGCAAUUUUGUCCGAUGAGGGUGCGGUAAAUCUUGAGUGUAAAGUAAUAGGCGUACCUCAACCAGUUCUGAAGUGGUAUAAGGAUGGCGAAGAACUAAAACCAGGUGAUAUACAUAGGAUAAUAUCUGGACAAGAUGGGACCUGCUGCCUCGGAAAUUACACGUGUGAAGCACGUAAUUGCAUGGGUAUAGCUGCCAGCUCGGCUUCGUUAUUAGGAUUUGAAGAUUCAAUAAAAAAUAGCAAAAAGAAAGCAGAGGAGCAAACUUUACAAAGAAAUCUGUCACUGAGCACCAUACACGAAGAAAGAACUUCUCAAAUGUACGACACUCCAGUCGGUGAUAUAACAUUAGACGACAAAGGAGAAAUUUCAUUUUCAUUUGAUGGAAAAGAAGUUUCGGUUUCAUUGUAUGAAACACCUGACUUAACAGAAGAAGAGGCAUUACAAAUUGUAGAAAUGUAUGCUGAUCAGCUGUCUGAAAAUGUAACAGAGCACAACGUAGUUGAACUUCCACCUUUAAGAUUCGUAAAAGAAACUUCCACUUCGGGGAAUUUACUUAUGGAAGCUAUAAUAAUAGACGUAUCACCUGAAUAUUUCAUUACUCCCGAUGAAGACCUUAGAACCGAAGCGGAUAUUGAGGAUAUAUCUAUUGUAGAUGAAAAUGUAGUACCACAAUUAUCACUAGAUCCAGAUAUUAGUAGAGAAGAUUAUUUGGAAAAUACUAUGGCCCUACUCUCUGACGAAAAAGCAGACAUUCCCAAAAAGAUAUCUCGAAAGAAAUCAGAUUCACAAAAGAGUAUUGACGAUUAUUAUAGUUUGUCUCGAGAUCAAUCAAUUUCAGAAAGUAAAAAAGAAGAUGAUACACAACCAUUAUCAGAUAGUUUUGCAAGUGCUCAUAGCUUAGAUAAAGCAAAACCUAAAUCUUUAAAACCGUCUACGGAAGAGGGUCAAGGUUCAUCUGAUGUUACUAAAACUGUAUUAUUAAAAGAUGAAUUAGGUGCAUCUCAAAAAGAGUCAACUAAAGUUCGAAGACGUACUUCCAGUUCCAGAAGAUCUAGUUCUGGUAGUGAAAGGUCGUUAGGAAAAUCAAGAGAUAAAAUUGACGACAAGAACUUGGAAACUAAAACAUUUGAAAGUGAUGAAAUAAUGAAGAGAACCAAUGAAUUAAAACCGUUGCUCAGUAAUAUAAGUCUAUCUUUAACAAAUGUACUUAAUGAUGUUCAAUUGAUAGAAAAAGAUAUUAUUGUACGAUCACAAUUAAUGUCUUCAUCUUCAGCGGCAUCAACAAGUCUUGAGAUAAUUAACAGUAUUAUAACGCCAACUAAUGAAAUACUGUGCAUUGUUGAUGCUAUGAAAGAGACGAUGAGUGAGAACACAGAUAAUGUCACGAAACUUGACGAUAAACUAUUGUUAAAUACACUUCCAAGCGCAUUAGAGUCGCUUCAGCAAUCAUUAACAGUACUUGAGAAAUGCAUAGAAGUAGAGAGCGAAAAUAAAACGUUGGUACAAAAAACGUGUAUUUCUUUUGUAAAAAAAUGUGGAGGACAAAUGACUAGUUCUAUGGAACUUUUUCAACAACUAGUCGCGAAUGAACUUAUAAAAGUUGAUGAGAUUUGCGUGACCAAAAUUUCUAUACAAUCGAGUAAAAUUAAACAAGCUAUGUGUAGUGCGAUAGAGACUGUUGAGAAAAAACAGGUUAAAAUUGAAAGCAAAGAAGGAAAAGUGGUGGAUAACGUGGAAUUAAAGCAUUUGAACGAAACUCAAAAAGCUCUUCAUGAAUUAAGGAUUCCAGUAAAUUUGCUGUCCUACAUUACUGAAAAUUCCCUUGUUUCAAAAUCAGUAGAUUUAUAUGGUGUAAAUUAUAACGAAGUUAUUCUUAAUAAUAUGUCCACAUCAGUACAAGAUCUUCAAAAUGCCUUAGAAUAUGUAGAUAACCUGGCGCUUAAAGAGUCGUCAACAAAUCUUCAAAAAUAUAAUACUGAAAUCAUAGAUAGAGUAAUGGAUUCUGUUUUAAAAUUGAGGACUUCCUUUGAGCAAUUGUCCACUAUUACAAAUAAAACAGAAGAAAAUAACGAAAUAUUUGAAGUUUUAUCUGAAAUAAAAUUAAAUCUAUCUGAUAUUUCAAUACAUUUAGAUGAAAUGGAAGAAAGAAUUGGUAUAUUUGAUGUCAUUACUAAUGAAAACAAACUCGAAGUUCUUCAAAAAGUUGCACAAGUCCUCAUUUCUUUAGAAAAUAAUUUGCUUUUGCUAGAACCUAUUCCAGAAGUUCAAGCUUCGAUGACGGUUUUUCAUUCAAACUUAACCAAAGUUUUAGAAAAUGUUAUUGAAAGUAAUAAUGUGAAAAAAUAUUUUACACUAAUGGAAAUCUCCGCAGUUGUUAACAGAGUUAACGCAUCAUUGAAAAAUGUUGACUCCGAUAAUAAAUUAUGUUUGAUUGGGAUAAUUGAUGCAUUAAAAAUAAUACAGGCUAAUGUCACAAAAAAUAUCUUCACGCAAGAAUUAAAUACUAUGCUGAUAAGCAAUAUUGGUGAUAUUAUAAUAAAUAUUCAAAAAACUAUUAAUAAAGCUGAAAGUACUCAUCUCCAAGACAAAGUAGAGCAUACUGACGACAUGGUCACAGACCAAUAUACUGAAAGUAAGGCUACUGUAAUAAUAGAGCACAUUGAAAAAGCCGUAGCAGCUAUUAAUAAUAUAAUCUCACUUGAAUCAACAACCGAUUUAAUUUUCAAAGAAGCCUUAGAAAAUGUCAACCCAGUUUUAGAAAACCUGAAAUUCUGCAUAGCAGCUUCACAACUAAAUAAGUCUGAAUCUGAGAAAAUAUUACAAUUACCUGUAUCCUCAGAAGAGCCUAGUAUUGCGAAGCCUCUUUACGAUUUACAAGAAAAUAUUUCAGUGCUUAGUCAAUUAAUUAGCGAGAAUGUUGAAAAAUAUUCAAGUUGUGAGCUUAAGAGGUCGUUUGCUGAAUCUUUGGUAGAACUGAAUUCUGCCAUAGAAAUUCUUCAACAGGAUGUUAAUUCGCAAGCCGGCGACAGUAUAGACAUUCAAGAAAUUAGUUCUUGUCUUGCAAAUGUAGUUCAAAGUAUUCGUAGUUGUAUAUUAAUUAUUCGUGAACAUGGUGAAAUUGAAAUGACUGAUGAUUUAUCAACACUUGAAGAUAUAUCAGGAAUUAAGACAAUCGCUGAGUCUCUACCAGUUGAUCAUUUAAUAUUGCCUUCGACAGCAGAAAAUACACUUGGCCAGUCAGUUCAAACAAUCACUAGUUUGCCUGACCCGACAAAAGAAAUAGCCGAGGAAUUGCUUAAGUUGAAUGACCAUAUAAUGAUAGUCCACAAUCCACAAAUAAUGGAAGUAUUGGAAUCAUUAUCUGAAGAUGAUAAAUAUGCUAGUUUAAAAUCUGUGAUGCCAAGUCUCAAAGAAUUACAUCAGAGUAUUGAAGGAAAUAUUCCACCAGUUUUAUUAGAAUCCUGUGAAGAUUUAUCAAAAACAAUUGAUAUGCAAAACCUUUUAAACAUUGUGCAACCAUUACAACAUCUACAACAAAGCUUAUGUGUCGUUGACACAAGUAACAUUCCAAUUUCUGAAAGUGUUUUACAAAUACCUACUGACCAAUUAUAUAUGGCUAGAUCCAGUCUCUUAGAACUAAAAAAUAGCUUAGAAAAUUGUUUGAGUUUGUUACUCCCUACAAUAUCGUGCACAGAUGAAACUGUGGACGUAUCCAAUAAAUUGCAUAACCUUCGUGAAAAAGUGAAAAAAAUAUUACAAAUAGUAGAAAAUGAAUCAAUAGUUCCAACAGGCUUUUCAAUAAACGUUUUAUUUUUCAAAGGAGUAUUAGAGAACUUUUUGGAAAUGAGCAAUACUUCUAUUGAUAAUGCAGCACUGAAAAACUCAAUAGAAGCACUAUAUGAGGCCCUAAAUAAAUUUGAAGAUGAAAUUUUAGGAUAUGCGUCCUCGGAUACUUUUUCGUUGAACGAAAUUGAUAUCAUUGAAUCUUUACACGAAGUUGAAAAAAAUAUAGCCAUUUUAGAAGAGCACAGUUUCAUAGACUUUUCGAUAGCCAAAGAUUUUGAGUCCAGUUUAGUACCUAUGAAAGCUACGGCAUUAGAAGUUGAGUCACUCAGACAAGCUGAAAACAUUAAAGAAAACAUUGUUCAUGUAAUUCAAGAUUCUAUUAACAAUUUACCCAAGGAAGAUAUUGAAUCAUUAGAAAGAUUUUUCAAAAAUAUAAAAAAUAGGAUAUUGCUUCUAAAUUGUUUAAUUCAAAAGCAUCCAACUCACAAACGAAUCAUCAGGUUAAUUCAAGAUUUGUUUUCGCUAAACAAAGAAAUAAAGGAAUUUGAGAAUAACCUUCAAGAUCAAGCACUUACCGAUGAAACAAAUACAUGUGUGUCGAAAUUUUUAUCACAAUCUCAAGAGUUCCUAGCUACGAUUAGACUCUUACUGUUGAAUGUUGUUGAUACUGAAAGUAAUUUAAUAAUAACAAUACCUUUAUCAAAUAUAAACAGUGGCAUUGAAUGGUAUAGUUACAUUUUAUCAUCUAAGGAACAUGUGUAUAUUCAUGAAUUGAUAAAGAUGCUAGUUUCUUUAUCUCACUUAACUUUGCCUUUGCUAAGUGACUUACAGUCAUCGAUAAUUUCUGAAAUUAAUACAAUUUCUGAAUGUGAAUUUGAAUGUGAUAGUGAAAUAAAUAGAAAUUUAUUUCAAAUAAAGGCUCAUAUAAUGAGUAGGUUACAAGAAAACCAGUUAGAUGAAGUACCUAACAAUAUUUAUCAUAAUUUGCUAAUUUUACUUGAAAAACAUGAAGCGUAUAAAAAUUCUACAAACAUUGGAAAGAAGCUUAUCAUUAUUAAAUUCCUUUCUGAAUGCUACAAAAUUAUACACAAUAUUUGUACGCCCGAAGAGAAACAGAUAUCGAUACUCGACUUGAGGGAGAAACCUUUAAAAGAAAUUUUGUUUGAGAUGAUAAAACCUCUUGAUGACUUACAUAAUGAACUGAUGAACAUACAAGAACAAGUAAUCUAUCAUGUUGAUAAAGAUGACAGUAUGUCGAUUGAUAUUUCAUCUUCAGAAUCUUAUGUCCAGGCACUCUCAGAGAUAAAUGAAGCCAUAGAAAGUCAUCUCAAAAAUAAAGAUUUGAAAAUUAAUGAUGAGGAUAUGGGUCUAGUCAAGCAAAUCGAUGAUGAGCUACAUUCCAUUCAGAGCGACUUGUUAUCAAUAGAACAUGUCAAUACUGUUGAAAAUUUAUUGAUACCUCUAACUGAAAUAGAAAAAUCCUUUAUUAAUAUACUUUCAAUUAAAACAUCUGAAGAAGGAAAUAAUAUAUCUAAUAGAGGGGAAUCUAAACACGAUGAAAAUGUGACUGUAACAGUUUAUGCAGUAGAUGAAGAUGGAAAACAACCUGAGAAAGAAGAAAGUAAAGUAAAUGAAGUAAUACCUGAGCCGGAAAAAUCCCAAGAAAUGAAGGUUCUUGAAGAUAUUUCAGCUGAAACUAUCUAUGACCUUGAAUUUUCUGGUUUCAAAAGUCAAGAUGAGAAAUCUUGUACCGAACAGUCACUUGUAGAACAAAUAGACCAAUUUGUAGACGUGGUAGAACAAACAGAGGCGGGAGUGGUUCAGCUUAACACACAAUUAGAGGAAUCUUAUCAUGAGGAGCCUAAACUUGGUGGAAUUGUAGUGACUGAAACAAUAUCCGAAGUGGAAGUGUCAACUAUACAACUUAAUGUUGAUCAAAAUACUGUUAAGACACUUUUGCAUCACGUAGAGCAGUAUGUUGAUGUAAUUGAACACUCGAAGGAAGAAUUGGUUUCAUUGAAUAUUAAAUUGGAGGAUUUACAAAGAUCAGAACAUGCAGCAAUAGAGUUACGUAACAGCUUAGCAAUAACCGAAGUAAUUGCUACUGAUUUGUCAUCAGAUACAUCUGUGCAACAUAUAAGCCCCACUCAAGCUAACUUUGCUCAAGAAUUAAAGGAAGCCUUGGAAGCCAUACAAAUUCAGAGUCUCGGCAAAGAGGAAUAUUUGAAUAUAGCUGAAAAAGAAAACUAUGUAAAAGUAGCAAAAGCCAUUGAACAAUUACAAGAUGACUUAACUACAAUAACAACCACAACAGAACACAAAGUCAUCGAGGAUACUGAAACUAACAAGGUGUCUGAAGAAAUAAAGUCUUUGGACAAACCUGAACAAGAGAAGGAAACAGAAGCUCCUUCUGAAGAAUCUACUGGUGAUCAAACUGUAAAGGCUGAAACCGUAUCCAAAGAGGAAGUCGUCCCUAGUGAACAAGUUAACCAGGAGCAAAGUAUCGUUCAGACACUUUUACAAUAUAUUGAGCAGUAUGUUGAUGUUAUUGAACACUCGAAGGAAGAAUUGGUUCCAUUGAACAUGCAAUUGGAGGAUUUACAAAGAACAGAAGAAACAGCAACAGAGUUAAGUAAAAGCUUAGCAAUAACCGAAGUAAUUGCUACUGAUUUGCCAUCAGAUACAUCUGUGCAACAUAUAAGCCCCUUUCAAGCUCACUUAGCUCAAGAAUUAAAGGAAGCCUUGGAAGCCAUACAAAUUCAGAGUCUCGGCAAAGAGGAACAUUUGAAUACAGUUGAAAAAGAAAACUAUAUGAAAGUAGCAAAAGUCAUUGAACAACUACAAGAUGAUUUGGCUACAAUAACAACCAUAACAGAAUACAGAGUCAUCGAAGAUACUGAAUCUAACAAGGUGUCUGAAGAAAUUAAGUCUUUGGACAAACCUCAACAGGAAAAGGAAGUAGAAGCUGUUUCUGAAGAAUCUACUGGUGAUCAAACUGUGAAGGCUGAAACCGUAUCCAAAGAGGAAGUCGUCCCUAGCGAACAACUAAACCAGGAGCAAAGUAUCGUUCAGACACUUUUGCAACACAUUGAGCAGUAUGUUGAUGUUAUUGAUCACUCGAAGGAAGAAUUGAUUCCAUUGAACAUUAAAUUGGAGGAUUUACAAAGAACAGAACAAACAGCAACAGAGUUACGUAAUAGCUUAGCAAUAACCGAAGUAGUUGCUACCGAUUUGCCAACAGAUAAAUCUGUGCUUAAUAUCAGCCCCACUCAAGCUCACUUUGCUCAAGAAUUAAAGGAAGCCUUGGAAGCCAUACAAUUUCAGAGUCUCGGCAAAGAGGAAUAUUUGAAUACAGCUGAAAAAGAAAACUAUAUGAAAGUGGCAAAAGUCAUUGAACAACUACAAGACGAUUUGGCUACAAUAACAACCAUAACAGAACACAAAGUCAUCGAAGAUACUGAAGCUAACAAGGUGUCUGAAGAAAUUAAGUUUUUGGAUAAACCUGAACAGGAGAAGAAAGUAGAAGCUGUUUCUGAAGAAUCUACCGGUGAUAAAACUGUGAAGGCUGAAAAAGUAUCCAAAGAGCAAGUCGUCCCUAGUGAACAACUAAACCAGGAGCAAAGUAUUGUUAAGACACUUUUGCAACAUAUUGAGCAAUAUGUUGAAGUUAUUGAACACUCGAAGGAAGAAUUGGUUCCAUUGAACAUUAAAUUGGGGGAUUUACAAAGAACAGAAAAUACAGCAACAGAGUUACGUAAUAGCUUAGCAAUAACCGAAGUAAUUGCUACUGAUUUGCCAACAGAUAAAUCUGUGCUUUAUAUCAGCCCCACUCAAGCUCACUUAGCUGAAGAAUUAAAGGAAGCCUUGGAAGCCAUACAAAUUCAGAGUCUCGGCAAAGAGGAAUAUUUGAAUACAGCUGAAAAAGAAAACUAUAUGAAAGUGGCAAAAGUUAUUGAACAACUACAAGACGAUUUGGCUACAAUCACAACCAUAACAGAACACAAAGUCAUCGAGGAUACUGAAACUAACAAGGUGUCUGAAGAAAUUAAGUCUUUAGACAAACCUGAACAGGAGAAGGAAGUAGAAGCUGUUUCUGAAGAAUCUACCGGUGAUAAAACUGUGCAGGCUGAAACCGUAUCCAAAGAGCAAGUCGUCCCUAGUGCACAACUAAACCAGGAGCAAAGUAUUGUUCAGACACUUUUGCAACAUAUUGAGCAAUAUGUUGAAGUUAUUGAACACUCGAAGGAAGAAUUGGUUCCAUUGAACAUUAAAUUGGAGGAUUUACAAAGAACAGAACCUACAGCAACAGAGUUACGUAAUAGCUUAGCAAUAACCGAAGUCAUUGCUACCGAUUUGCCAUCAGAUAAAUAUGUGCAGAAAAUCAGCCCCACUCAAGCUCACUUAGCUCAAGAAUUAAAGGAAGCCUUGGAAGCCAUACAAAUUCAGAGUCUCGGCAAAGAGGAAUAUUUGAAUACAGCUGAAAAAGAAAACUAUGUGAAAGUGGCAAAAGUCAUUGAACAACUACAAGACGAUUUGGCUACAAUAAUAACCAUAACAGAACACAAAGUCAUCGAGGAUACUGAAACUAACAAGGUGUCUGAAGAAAUUAAGUCUUUGAACAAACCUGAACAGGAGAAGGAAGUAGAAGCUGUUUUUGAAGAAUGUACCGGUGAUAAAACUGUGCAGGCUGAAACCGUAUCCAAAGAGAAAGUCGUCCCUAGUGAACAACAAAACCAGGAGCAAAGUAUUGUUCAGACACUUUUGCAACAUAUUGAGCAAUAUGUUGAAGUUAUUGAACACGCGAAGGAAGAAUUGGUUCCAUUGAACAUUAAAUUGGAGGAUUUACAAAGAACAGAACAUACAGCAACAGAGUUACGCAACAGCUUAACAAUAACCGAAGUAAUUGCUACCGAUUUGCCAUCAGAUAAAUCUGUGCAGAAUAUCAGCCCCACUCAAGCUCACUUAGCUCAAGAAUUAAAGGAAGCCUUGGAAGCAAUACAAAUUCAGUGUCUCAGCAAAGAUACAAAGGAAUAUUUGGAUACAGCUGAAAAAGAAAACUACAUGAAAAUAGCAAAAGUCAUUGAACAAUUACAAGACAACUUGGCUACAAUAUCAACCAUAACUGAACAUAAAGUCAUCGAGGACACUAAUACUAACAAGGUGUCUGAAGAAAUUAAGUCUUUGAACAAACCUGAACAGGAGAAAGAAGCAGAAGUUGUUUUUGAAGAAUUUUGUGAUCAAACUGUAAAGGCUGAAACCGUAUCCAAAGAGCAAGUCGUCCCUAGUGAAGUAGUUAACCAGGAGCAAAGUGCCUUGCAGCAAGAAGAAAAGGUAGUCCAAAUCAUGUUAAAUGAACAAGAAACAAAUUUACGAAAAUCUGAUGUUACUUCGGAUAUCGGAAAUGUACAUGAAGAACCAGAUCAACGACCAGAUGCUACAACAGUCAUAAAAACGGAAGUCACUCUAUCCACAAAAGAAGAAGAUAAAAGUAGAGGAAUAUUAAAGCCCUUAAACGACGAGGCUGUUAAAAUAUCUGAAAUAGAAGUCUUGGGGAAACAAGAUGAGGAUGAUAAAAGCUGCACAGUGCAAGAAAUUGUAAAAGAGAAAGAAUCACAAUCUUUAACUGUACCAGAAGAAACAGCCAUCCAAGUUACUGCAGCUCCAAUACAACCAACUUCAAGGAAAAAGGAGGAUGAUUUUACAAAGGAACUUUCUGAAAGUGAAGUCAGUGCAUGUGCAUUAAAUUAUUCCGAAGUAAAGCGGUCUGAAAUUGAGAAAAAUACGUUCCAGGCACUGUUACAGCAUAUAGAACAAUACGUUGAACUUACUCAAAGUGCAGAAGAAAUGACAUUAAGUAAUAUUAAACAAGAUGAUUUGAAGGAAAUUGAGAUUAUUGCUAACGAAUUGCGUGAAAGUAUAGCAGCUUCUGAAAUUUUAACUGAUUGCUUAGAAAAGGAAAUUUCCAUCGAAAAUAUUACACCCAAACAGGCUCAAUUAGCUCACAAACUUCAAAUCGCAUUAGAAACUAUUCAUGUGCAAAGUAUAAGCAAUGAACAUGAAUUAUUGUUAAAGGAUGCUAACCAAGAGCCUCAAGUUGCAACAGUUAUAGAAGAAUUACGAAAAGACUUAACAAUGAUAAGCGAAAUUACUGUAAUAGACGAUUCCUUAAACAAUAAUACUAUUCAAGAUUUGAAUUCGCCAAAUGUAACGGUUGUUCCAGAUUUACAAGCUACAAGGAAUGAGGAGGAGACUCUUGAAAAAUAUGAAACUACGCAGGAAAUUUCCCAAAAUAUAAAGGAACUUGACACAAAAACAGUUACUGAAACUGAAAUGGCAGACGAUGUAGCGGUUACUUCUGUGUCUGAACCCGAAGCAAAAGAUGCUAACAUCAUUAAAUUUUUAAAAGAAUUUGUGUCUGACGACAACAUUAAAGAUGUAAGAAAAUUAAGUCCGACGAUAUUUGAGGAACUUAAAAGAACAUCGGAUAUAGCUAAAACUAUGUUGAAUAGUAUAAUUGACGUACAAAAGACUUCAACAAUUGAAGAUAAAUCAAUACAUAGUGUUGAAAUGCUUAGAAAAGAAACAAAAAAAUUAAGUCAUUCAAUAAACUCUUUGCAUGGUGUAAUUAUUUCGGAAGUUGAACAAAAUAACAAUAUUAAAGAAAGUGAUGCAAUGAAAAAAAUAGUAAAAUCUAUUAUUGCUUUAAAAAUUGAAAUAUCGUCAGCACCAGGUGAUCUAGAUAUUGAAGUGAGAUGUGAACAAGAGCCUUUAUUAUAUGAAACUGGUGAACAGUCUUUAAAGAAAUUGGAAAUAUUACUACAUGAAAUCAAAGAGCAAAUAAAUACACUUCCAACUGAAGUGUCUAUUGAAAGACAAGAUGCGUUAAACAUUAUUCUUGAGGAAGUUCAAAUAUUGAUCAUAAAGCUUAAACAAGAUUAUGAUGAAUGUAAAAAUGACACUCUCAAUGAAACUCUUGAAGAUUUAGAGUGCAGUGUGAGGAGUGUUCAACUUCAGUUGGUUGAAAAUGGACCAGUGGAUUUACUAAAGGAAGCCUGCUUAACUUUAAUAUCUUUAGUUUCUAAUAUUCAUGAAACUGAAGCUACUCCCGCAGCCGAUGUGAAUAUUUGGAUAGAAAAUGUUUUACGAGACUGUAUAAAAGACAUAGAAGAAACUACAAUUUUGCUAAAUAAAUUGAAUCCAUAUAAAAUGCACAAUGAGUUAGAAACUGUAGCAUCUAAUUUAAAGGACAUAAUGGAUAAUAUUAAAAGUUUGAAAGUCCUGUUUUCGGCGGACGUGAAUGUUUUAAUAGACAAAGGUGUUGAUAUUAUUCAAACCUUUAAUCAAAUUGAAGAUACGGUAUUCCGUUUAGAUAAAGAACUUGAAUCAGUACAAGAUAUUAAAUCGGAGAUACGAGAGAGUAUAACUUCGGCUACACAUUCUAUCUAUAUGAGUUUAUCAAAUAUGCGUAGUUCUUUGAACAGUAUACAAAAACAAUACAUGUACGAACAUUAUGGACUUCCUUGUGAACAUUUCCUGCGUUUGUUAAAACAAAUUUCUGUACUUACAAAUAUCGAUGAUAGACCUCAGUGGAAAAUUUUAGCAAAGAGCCUUCGACAAGUGUUGAAUCAUUUCGAAGAUAUAAAGUUUUACAUUAAUUUUGAUAAAACAGCAAGGCUACCUAAUGACGCAGCAUUUACAAAAGUAAUCUUAGAUAAUCUCCAAACAACUUUAUAUGAUUUAUUAUUUGUGUCUAAAUUUGAUUUAGACUUAGAUAUAGACAAAAGCUUGUUAAGUACGUUGACAUUUGCAGAACAGACAAUAACUAACUUCGAGGGAAAAAGUGUAAUAGAAGUUAGAGAAAAAAUUCCAAUAUUUUGUGAGUUGUCCCAAAAUAUUUUGCUUUUGUCAAAUUCUUUGAAUAAUAUAGUAAAGGAAAGAGUUCAACAUAAUAAAACUUUACGUAUUGUUAAAAAAGUCAGGGAUGACAAAAAAGAUGCGCCUAACAUUCCAAUUUCAAAUGAUAAUAAAGUAGAAAAUAUUGUAACUAAAUCAGUUCUGGCAUCCCAGGAACAAGAGCCAGAGACUGAAAUAGAUAAAAAUAUUGAUCAGAAACUUGACAUAGCAGAAGCAAAACAACCAAAAUCGGAAAAUGACGAUAGUACUUUUCUGAAACAAGAGGUUGGAUCGUCUGAGUCAACAAAUGUGUUAAAAAUAACUGACGCUGAAAUAGACAAAGAUAAUAUAAUAGAACAAAUUAUUGCUAAAAAUGCAACCGAUGACCAAACUCAUGAUGAUGGUAUUACAGAACAUAAGAUGAUACAUGAACCUUUAUCAGAAAAUAAAGUUGAGAGCUUACCUGACGAUGAUCUUUUAUCUGAUAAAGCCCGGAGUCAAGAUGCUAGCAAAGAACAAAAGCAAGUCUUAAAUGAAGAACAAAAAGAAAGUGGUCAUGAGGCAACAGGAGAAAAUAAAGGUGAUGAAUCUUUCGUUUCAAAGCAAGUUAUAGUUUCCGGGUCACAAGAGGAAAUAAAUGUAGAGAAGCGAAGAGAACAGAGCUCAUCCAGUAAGACACCUAUUCGUAGCGAAAUUCGUGACAUUAAAGAGCAACAAAAACAAGAGUCACCAAUCGAAAAACCAGAUACUAAAAAUAUAGAUGAAGAAAAAGUGGUUGACAUUAGUAUUCAGAAAAAUAAGGAAAAAUCGGGUAUAAUGAAUGAUGAAACACAAGUCGAAGAAAGUGAAAAAUUAGGGUCUCCUCAAACUGUGCCAGAAAAAGUUGAAGUUACUGCAAUGAACCAAGAACAUGAACAUUUGCACGGAAGUCAGCGCGCAGAAGAGACUUUGUGUAUAGUAAAUGAAGAAGUAGCUGAGUCUCAGGAGACAUUUGCAGUACUGGAUAGGCUCAUGAGUGAUAGCGAAAAAGAAAUAAAUCAAGCGUCCGAAAAAGAACUAGAAUCUGAUAUUGUAAUAGAGCAAAAUAAGAUUGAUUCAGAAAUAAUCGAUAAUUUACCCCAAAUCACACAUAGUGAUAUCCAAGAACAAAAGCCGAAGAAGCAAGAAGAAAAACAGCUUAUAGUGGAUACAUCUUAUGAAGGGGAGAAAGUGUCAAGUAAAAACACUGGUGACAUCAAACCAUCAAAAUCGUCUAAAAUUGAAGAAGUAUUAGUACCACCCACAAAUACUGACAAAGUCGCUAAAGAAAUUAAUAGAGAUGAUGAUAAAAAUAUAGAAAGUAACACUUUAGACCAAAAUUUUGCCGAGAUCAAACCAAAGAGAGCUUUAGAAAACGAAGAAAAAUAUAAUAAUGACGACGAACUUCUGAAAAGUUUGCCAUUGAAAACGCCUGAAAACUUAUGUAUAGCUAUUUCUACUUUACAACCAAAAGGCGAACUAGAUUCUAGUCAAAGUCUAUUAGUUCAAAAUGUUCACAUCCUUCAACACAAUGAACCUAUAAAGCAAGCACCAGACGAUUCGCCAAAAGGUGCAUUUGAAGAAAAAAUAAAAAUCCCAGACACAAUAGUACCAGAAACAGCUCGGGAUGAUGGAAAUCAAAAACUUCUGAAGGAGAAUGUGAUUGAAAAAAAUAAAACUGACUCACCUUCAAAGGUGACAAUAGAAAAUAAUGAACAAAAACUACACGAACAAACUAAAAAAGCAACGGCCGAAAAGCAGAAAGAAGAUUCAAGCAAACCGAAAUCAGUACAAGACGUUCAAGUUGAUAAAAGAAAAGAAACAAAGGAGAAAAAUAAAAAUCAAGAAGAAUCUUUUAGUGAAGAAGCUUCUCCAAAUAAAAGCUUAACUAAAGGGUCAUCAACAGAAAGCAAUAAGCAAUCGACGACAAAUAUUAAACAGUCUGAAAGUGAAAUUAACAAAGUUAUUGAAAAUUUUGAUCAGCAAAACCAAAAUGAAAGCUUUAGCAAGAAGCAACUAGUCAAUCAAGAGCUUGAAUUCAAACAUACAAAAUCGGAUAGCAAAGCCGGAACUGAAGAUUCGGCUUCAAAUGAUCCAAUGAUAGAUGAUAUGAAUCUUAAAAUUGAAAAACAGAUAUCAAAUGCUGGUACUGAAGAAACAAAUAUGAUAGAAGAAAACAAAGAAUCUCAAGUAAACAACAUUAACAAAGCCACAGGAAAAAUAAGUGAUACUUUGAAUACAAAAAAAUACAAACAAAAGAAAUUUGCUUCUUCCGUACAAAAUAAAAAUGCCCAAGAAUGUAACGAUGAACUCUUAAAUAAUACAAGUGAACGUAUUGACCAUAAAAAUUCAGGCUAUAGAGAUACGACAAAGCUCAUUAUUGAGGACUCGUCCGAUAACAGCUUGCACAAGGAGAAAAAGAGAAGCAACGAAAAAGAUAGAACCACGUUUAUAGAUUAUAAUUUACAAGACUAUUCGUCUGAUCUUUUAAGACCGCCCUCAUACAUUCCAAAAUCAUCAUCAUCAUCAUAUAACGAUGAAACUUUAUUUAAUAAAACUGAUAAAGCACCUAUAAUUUAUAAAGCUCAGUCUCUGUUACAAGAGUCACAGUUAAGAUCUACUACUCCUCAGCCACCACUUGUUUCAUCAGAGAAGCUGUCACGAACAAGGCAAAGGUCUAAGCCAUUGAGCGAAUGUGACAGCAGCAUAUCAGAAAGAAGAUCAGGUACUUCGAGAGAUUUAAAAAAGAGGCCAUCAUUCUCAACAUUUUUAACAGACAGAACGGCUGUGGAAGGUUCCCGAGUAAAACUUACGUGUAGUGUGUUAUCUUCUUCGGAACCAACAGUCACUUGGUAUAAAAAUGGAGUAGCUCUUGACAAUAAACAAAAAUAUAGGAGUAAAUAUACUGAUGGACUUAUUACUUUAGAAGUUCUAAAUGCUGUACCAACAGAUUCUGCCGAAUACAAAUGUACCGUUGCAAAUGAAAACGGAUCUAUUACAACAUCAGCUAAUCUUAAAGUUUAUCCUAGUUUUGAGGCAUCGCCAAUACCUCCAACAUUUACACGCUCAAUCAAAGAUACCUAUCAUCUAGCUGAAAACGAACUUGUAUUAGAAUGUCGUAUUCGUGGCCAACCUCUCCCUACAAUUACAUGGUUAAAGGACCAAGUACCUAUAUAUUCACAUGACAGAUAUCAUCCUUGCUAUUUAGCGGAUGGUGUUUGUCGUCUUGUGAUUGAUUCUCCUUGCCCAGCAGACAGUGGGAUAUACACCUGUAAAGCUGAAAACUCUAUGUGGUCCGACCAAAUAACACACACUGUACAAUUUACUGGACGUGAAAGCCAAACUGAUAUGAAUAUAACAACAUUAGAAAAAUCUCGGUUUCAUCGACAAGUAUUGGAGUCGCGUAGGCCUCAUUUUACUAACGUCCUUAGCGACUACAAAGUAUCUAGAGGUGGUACGAUUGGAUUACAAGUUGAAAUCAGAGGGUCACCGACAAGAGUUGAAUGGCUAAGAGAGGGAAGAUCUGUAGUAGAUACAUAUACAAAUGCUCAAACUUACGUAGAUCAAGAGACUUAUACCUUAGCACUAAGUGACGUAACUGAAAAAGACUCUGGUUUGUUUACCUGUAGAGCGUGGAGCUCUUACGGCAAUGUGGAUAUGAACGCGUCAGUUACUGUUGUCCAGCCUGCUGAAAUUGAAGGCAAACCAGCUAUAAUAGUCAGUCGUCCUGCAAAGGAUAUCCAAAUUUCAGUGGGUGAAGACGUUAAUAUAUCAUUCCGUGUUCAAGGUGAACCUAAACCAAAAGUCGUUAUCAUGAAAGGAAUACGAGAUAUCACUAACUCUCAAAGAGUUUGCAAAAUGGUGUCUGAUGAUUACGUGAAAUUUACAUUGAAACGCUCUAUCAUUACCGACGCUGGCACAUAUUGUAUUCUAGCUCGAAAUGCUUACGGUUGCGAUAGAGCAUUUGUUACAGUUGAAGUCCGGCAGCGGGCAUCAUCUGAUAACCUCAUAUCUGACUGGACGUACCCAAACGAAGAAGCGACAAGCUCCACAGUAGAAAGAAAUUACAAGUCUGUGCCUGACCGCAUCCCGGGCGAGCCGAGUGUAGUUGACGGAGGAAAUAAUUGGGUCUCGCUCGCUUGGCCCAAGUCGGACCACGAAGUGAAAGCUCCAGUGUUAGCUUACAAAGUUGAAAGUUGGCUACUCGGAAAAGAAGGAGGCGCACGUUGGACAGAACUGGGCAUCACGCCACGAAAUACCUUUGACGCUUUCAACUUGAAGCAAGGGGAGGAAUAUCAUUUCAGAGUGACUCCUAGAAAUCGCUACGGUUGGGGAGAACCUGUUCAAACUUCGACGGCAAUCUCGAUCGGAUUAUCCGGUGAGAGACCCGAAUUUGUCGAAAUACUUCCUGGACAAUUAAAAGUACUAGUGGGCGAGUCAGCGAUACUGAGUUGUAGUUUUAAAGGAAAACCCACCCCGGAAAUUGUGUGGAUGAAAAAUGGACACGAAAUUGAUGAGGAGCCCGAUCGCGUAAAAAUAACUCCCGGUGGCGAGAGUUCUAGUUUAAAAAUCGAAGAUGUGCGUUUAGAGGAUGAAGGCAGAUAUAGUUGUGAAGCGACUAAUGCACAUGGUCGAGCGUCUACAUACGCAAGGAUGACUGUGAUAACUGAUAAACAGGUUUGGGCGGCUGAUGCCAAACUUAAACGUGAGCGGUCAGCUGGAGUCGAGGGAGACUACCCUCCUCAAUUUACAAUGCGCCUUAGAGACCGGCGUGUGCAAGCGACUUAUCCAGUUCGACUGACGUGUCAAGUUAUUGGAAGCCCGCCCCCGACCGUGACCUGGUUCAAAAAUGGAGAACUAGUGAUUGUUGACGGUCGACACUCAACUUCUCAGGAUGAAUUUUUCUAUACUCUUGAGAUUGCGCCGACAAACCUUGAUGAUGGUGGUGUUUAUGAGGCUAUGGCUAGAAAUGGUUGUGGCGCCAUAAGCUGUCGCUGCAGUCUAGUGGUAGACAAGGGUAUAAGAGCGUACGUGGCACCGGAGUUUUGCUGCGGACUAGAACCUCUAUAUCGCUUGAAAGAAGGUGAAGAGUUGCGGAUAGCUGCGAUGGUCGAGGCCUAUCCGUCGGUGGGUGUAGCCUGGUACAGGGACGGAGUUAGAUUGAGGCCCAGCCGACGGGCCAUCAUGACCUUGGACAGAGAUGGACAGAUCGAGUUAGCCGUAGCUUCCGUCACAUCUCGAGACGCGGGUGUCUACUCCUGCACAGCGUCUAACGAAGUAGGAAGCGCCACCACUUCAGGCAAAGUAGAAGUCAUCGAAGGCGUAGGCGGAGAUAAGACUAGAACUCCUCCUGUUGUCAUCAGUCCCGAUGUACCGUAUUCCAAAGAGCCGAUGUUCAUUAGAAAGCCACGGUCUAGCGAAGCAUACGAAGGGGAUACGGUUAUUAUUGAAUGCGAAGUCAUUGGAGACCCUAAGCCAGAUGUGUAUUGGUUACGAGACUUUUUGAAGCCGGAUUACUACAGGGAUGCAAUACAUUUCAAGCGUGUUGGAGGUGGCCCUGAGUAUAGAUUAGAAAUACCACAUGCCAAAUUAGAUUUCACAGGUGCCUACUCCGUGGUGGCGAGAAACGUGCAUGGCGAGGCCAAAGCGAUUAUAUCGUUACAGAUAUUGGCAAAAGAUCCGAGUUCCAGUGAUGACGCUCACAAUGUUAGAUACGGCCGCGUGGAUGUGAUACCUAGAUUUGACAAGGAGUUGACAGAUUUGUUGUGCCACGAUGGUGACACUGUUGAGUUCGAAUGUCACGUCUCCGGCAAUCCCGAACCGGACAUCAGAUGGUUCCACUAUAACGAGAUAAUACCCGACGGCACUGAGUUUGAAGCCACGUAUGAGGUCGGCGCGGCUCGACUCAGGAUCAGGCAGGUGGCUGCGGAAGACGAAGGCACUUACACUUGCCAGGCGACCAACACACUUGGCAAAGCCACUUCCAGCGCGUGUCUCGUGGUUUACCCGCCGGGCGAGCCGAACACGCUCAGUCAGCGCCUGCGCCGGCCGCCCGCGCUGCUCUCUGCCGCGUCCACUCCGCGGUCCACCCCUCGCACCACACCCGCCCGCUCCGCCUCCAGGACACCCGGUCCAGAGGCAAGAAGACUUCGAAGUCCUGCCAGGGAUACCGCACCGAAUUUCUACACAUAUCCGUUCAACAAAGUAGUAGAAGAAGGGGAAACUGUAGUGUUCAAAUGUGCAGUUAAAGGGUUGCCUACCCCAUGGGCCACUUGGGACAAGGACGGUAUACCCCUGACCCCCACAGCGAGAAUAAGCAUAAAAGAGAAAGAUGAAAUGCUUCGCAUACUAGAAAUAGAGGAAGUGACAAUCGAAGACGUCGGUCUAUACAGAAUUACUCUGGAAAACGACUACGGUAGAGUCGAGGCUUCUGCGAGACUGGAAGUCAUCACUCACAGAGGAAAGUUCUAUGGAAGCACUAGAUCCUACAGCCCCUCCCCCAGAAGAUCUCUCCCUUUUAGAAGAAGAACACCGUCGCUCUCCAGAUACGAUUAAUUCAAUCCUGUCGGCUUUCGAAUUGGACAUGACAUUUUGAAAUCGAUAUAAGGAAGAAUACGAUGUAGAACAGUUGUUUUCAAAGUUUCCUUGCAUUUUAAACGAAGAAAAAUUGAUAAAACUGAAUGCAGUAGGUUUAUAUCGUUUUCGGAAAUGUACUUAAUCAGUAUUUAUUAUUAAUUUAUGUUAUGUUUGAUAACAAUAGUAAUUAGUCAUAGAAUUAUUUAUUGUUUUAUAUAUUGUUGCACUGAAAAGUCCGAUCCUAUACAUAUAGAGUUACUAAGAUAUAAUAUUAUGUUUGUUACCAAAUAGUUGACACAAGUAGAACAUAUCGAGAUAUAAAAUACAUUUUAAAGUGAGUUA